GUCUGUGCCCAUAAUGUUCACACCAUUACCCAAGUGGCCUCUCAGGUGGGCAUACCCCUGGCUCCCAACAAGCUUGAAGGACCCACUACUCAGUUGGUUUUUCUGGGUAUUCUGAUCGACACUACUUGCAUGGAAACCUCCCUACCUGAUGAUAAACUUCAUUAGCUGUUGUCCGAACUCCGCUCUUGGUCCUCCUGUAAAUAUGUCGCAAAAGAGAACUUCUCUCCUUGAUUGGCCAGCUGAAUUUUGCGUGUCGGAUCAUCCCCGCGGGCCGCAUUUUCCUACGUCGACUUAUUAACCUCUCAACCCAGACACGCCUUCCACAUCACCACGUCACCAUGAACCGCGAAGCCCGCCGCGACAUCUCUUGGUGGCUCCGUUUUCUCCCCUCUUGGAACGGCCGUGCCAUCAUACCCGACCCCAACUGGACGAGAUCCCCAGAUAUUGAACUCUUCACAGACGCCUCGGGAAGUCUCGUUUAUGGCAUCUUUUACAUGGGUCACUGGAUUGCCAACCCCUGGCCUCCCGUGCUCCAGAACCGAUCGAUUCAGUUGAAAGAACUUUACCCCAUUGCUCUGGCGUGUCUUCUUUGGGGUCAUCAGUGGACCGGAAAGAAGCUCCUCUUUCAUUGCGAUAAUCAAGCGGUAAUGGAUAUUUGGGCCUCAGGCUCUUCCCGAGACCCCCCUAUUAUGCACCUU